AUGGUCUCACUCUACCAGGACGAUGAAAGGGCGAUCAUCUAUUUCGCGGACGGAACACACCACGAGGGAGACAUCCUUGUAGGCGCCGAUGGGGCGUACAGCGCAGUCCGACAUUGUCUGUAUGACACCGUGGAUCGGAUAGGGAAGCUGUCGCGGUCGGAUGCGGAAGAUUUGCCGUAUAGUUGUAUCUGCCUUGUGGGACAUUCCGGUCCUCUUGAGAAAGAAAAGUUCCCAGCCCUGUGGGAUGAGGUCUGUCAGUAUAAUGAUACCCACACAAUCGAUAUCCCUUACUCUUGGAUGACAUUCACAACCAAGGACGAUGUGAUCUGUUGGGGCGUCAUAAAGUACCUCGACGUCCAAAACUCGGCCGCCUACAGCAGAGAGCAGCGAUCAGAUUGGGGGGAAGGAGCAACAGACACCAUGUGCAACGAGGUGCGGGAUUUUCCUAUCCCAGGUGGAGAUGGGUCGUUGACGUUGGGGGACUUGAUUGAUGGCACACCAAGGACGCAGAUCACGAAGGUUAUGCUGGAGGAGAAAGUGUUUGAUACAUGGUACCAUGGUCGGACAGUCCUUGUUGGCGACGCAUGUCACAAGAUCCAUCCUGCAGGGAACCGGGGCGCUGUCCAAGCAUUCCACGAUGUCGUUACACUAGCAAACUGGAUCAACGUCCUCUCUCGCUCUGCAAAAGUCUCCGACAUCGAACCGGCAUUCAGGGCAUACAAGGAGGAACGGUUCCCUUUUGUCCAGGAGGCUGCUGUUCAUAGCAAGAACCUGUCCCAAGAUAUGAAGACGGUGAUGUCGCAGUUCGUGACAACACAUAUGCCCUCAUGGCUAUGGAGGGCCGUCAAUGCCAAAACCGCCGGUUAUCGUCCUCAAGCGUCGUUCUUGCCACUCGUGAAAGAUAAUGGCACCGUCAGCUCGACUCAUUCGAGGAGUUACAUGGAGACGCGGCGGAUCUUGGAGGCUCGGAGUAGCAGUCCUGCGCCUGCUGCUGCUGCUGCUGCCGCCGCUGCUGUUGUAGUGUAA